CUCCACAGUAUGACACAACACACUCCAAAGGAAACACCUAGAACUAGAACCACAAUCUAUCUAUCCCAAAACUUAUUAUCAACUUCAUCUCUAACUUUACUACAUAUGUUAUAUAUAUAUCAAACUGAAACUUUUUUAUUUCAAAUAUUUUCUCACAAUUAAUUCUCUCUUUCUUUUUCUUCUUUUCAACACUUUGAUUCCUUUAGUUGGGAUUUACGCACCCCCUAACCAUCCCUUUAGCUUUGCAAAAACAUCCAAUUUAUUUAUUUAUUUAUUUAUUUAUUUAUGUAUUCAUGAGAAAUUCAUGUAAUGUUACACAAACAGACAAACCCUAAUUCAUUUCUUGACUUUAUAUGUUUAUGGUAAAGUUUUUGCAACAACCCUAAAAAAGAUACACUGAUAUAUGGUGCACAGCUAAAUUUGAUGAAUAAAGGUGUAGUCUAAAAAUGAAAAAUAGAAGAAGGAUUGCUGAGUUUACGGCUCCAAUUGUCGUUGAGCAAUAAUUAUGGGGCGUUACCUACAACAAAGGUCAUAUUUAUAUAUACACAUAAUGAAAAUAAAGGCAACCUCUAGAAAAGCCAGAAACCUCCAGAAAUUACUCGAUAAAGAUUCAUUUUCAUUCUUCUUUCUUCUUCUUCUUUUCUCUUUUUUCCUUUUUCCAGAUUUAUUAUAUUUUGACGAAUAUUUCUUUAAUUUUAAUUCAUACGCUCUCACCAAAACAUAGUAAAAACGUUGGAGCUAAUAUUAAGAUCAAAACUAGACAGUUAAAAAUGCAAAUUUGAACAAACUUUUGAUAGUAGAAAAAAUGAUAUGCUGUUAAGUGUCAACUUUUUGUUUAAUGAACAAAGCUAUACUGCUGUUUUAGAGUAAUUUUGGCUUUUAACUCUCAAUCUAAUGAAAUGACAUCACCUUCCAUUGUAAAAGUUAGAAGUUAGAUCCUGAAAACCGCAAUUAGAAUUGAAUUAUCUACACGUAUGUGGUGAUUAAGCUCAACGCUAGAAAAUUCUUCCCCCCUUUGCUCCUUUUUUUCUCCAUUACAUUACACCCACCACCAUCCUCUCAACACACAAACACUCUAUAUAAACAAACCUUUCUUCCCCACCAACAAACCCAACUCAACAAAAACUCUCAUCUCUCCUCAUGGCUCCACCAAGCUUAACCAAAACCUCCAUAACCACAAUCCCCACCUUCCUCGACACUAAUCCCUCACCCAAUAAUCUCUCUAUCACUUUAAAAGCCUCAGAGUUUCUCGCCAAUGGCUACCCAUUUCUCACCCAUGUCCCUCCCAACAUCAUCUCAACUCCUUCCCCAUUCAAAACCAACAACUCCCUUCUUGGCUGCUUCAUUGGGUUCGACGCUACCGAGCCCAAAAGCUCCCAUUUGGUUCCUAUUGGCAACCUCAAAGGCAUAAGGUUUUCAAGCCUCUUCCGGUUCAAAGUCUGGUGGACCACCCACUGGGUCGGCUCGUGCGGCCGUGACAUCCAACAUGAGACACAGAUGAUGAUACUUGACACAAAUCAUCGCGGCCGUCCAUAUGUUCUCCUCCUACCCAUCUUAGAAGGAGCUUUUAGAUGUUCUUUGCGUUCUGGCGAUGAAAACGAUGACAGCGUGGCGAUGUGGGUUGAAAGUGGGUCCACGAGUGUCCACGCGUCCAGAUUCAGAAGCUGCUUGUACAUGCAAGUCGGAGAUGAUCCGUACAGUUUGGUCAAAGAAGCUAUGAAAGUAGUCAAACUUCAUUUAGGGACUUUUAAGCUUCUACAUGAGAAGACCCCGCCUCCUAUUGUGGAUAAAUUUGGGUGGUGUACGUGGGAUGCAUUCUAUCUUAAGGUGAACCCUCAGGGGAUUAGGACAGGUGUCAAGUGUUUAGUGGAUGGUGGUUGUCCGCCGGGGAUGAUUUUGAUCGAUGAUGGGUGGCAAUCUAUUGCUCAUGAUGCUCAUUCAAUCACAGAUCAUCAUCUGGAAGCUAUGGAUCUAACGGCUGCAGGGGAACAGAUGCCUUGUAGACUAAUCAAAUUUGAAGAGAACUACAAGUUUAGAGACUAUGGAAGUGAUGGGAAGGGAUUUGGUGUAGGGUUGGGUGCCUUUGUGAAAGACUUGAAGGAAGAGUUUAGGACAAUUGAGAAUGUGUAUGUGUGGCAUGCGCUUUGUGGGUAUUGGGGUGGGAUUAGACCCAAUGUUCCUAGAAUGCCUCUGUCAAGGGUCGUUAUUCCUAAGCUGUCACAGGGGUUAGAGAAGACAAUGGAAGAUUUGGCUGUGGACAAGAUUGUCAAUAAUGGGAUUGGAUUGGUUCCGCCUGAGCUAGCCCAUGAAAUGUAUGACGGACUCCAUUCCCACCUCCAGUCAGCAGGCAUCGACGGCGUUAAGGUUGAUGUUAUUCAUUUGCUUGAAAUGCUAUCCGAGGAAUUUGGAGGUCGAAUCGAGCUGGCAAAAGCUUAUUACAAAGCACUCACUGCAUCUAUAAAGAAACAUUUGCAAGGAAAUGGUGCUAUUGCUAGCAUGGAGCACUGCAAUGACUUCAUGUACCUUGGAACAGAGGCCAUAGCUCUUGGACGUGUUGGAGAUGAUUUCUGGACAGUGGAUCCUUCUGGAGAUCCAUAUUGGCUACAAGGGUGUCACAUGGUGCACUGUGCCUACAAUAGCUUAUGGAUGGGCAAUAUAAUUCACCCAGACUGGGACAUGUUUCAAUCCACACACCCUUGCGCUGAAUUUCACGCAGCUUCGCGAGCCAUCUCCGGUGGACCAAUCUAUGUAAGUGACUCGGUCGGUAAGCAUAACUUCAAGUUACUCAAAAGGUUAGUUUUGCCUGAUGGGUCAAUACUGCGAUGUCAACACUAUGCCCUACCUACCAGAGACUGUCUGUUUGAAGACCCUCUUCAUGAUGGCAAAACCAUGCUCAAAAUUUGGAACCUCAAUAAAUUCACUGGCACAUUGGGUCUGUUCAAUUGUCAAGGAGGAGGGUGGUGUCCCAAGACUAGGAAAAACAGAAGGACAUCCGAGUACGCACGUACACUAACUUGCGUCGCUGGGCCAAAAGAUAUCGAGUGGAACAAUGGGAGAAGUCCCAUUUCUCUAAAGGGGGUGAACUUGUUUGCCAUAUACAUGGUUCGAGACAAGAAACUAAAGCUAUUGAAGACAUCAGAGAGUUUAGAAUUUACCAUCGCCCCAUUAAAUUACGAACUGCUUGUAGUUUCCCCUGUCACGGUUUUAUCGAAACCAAACAUGGAAUUUGCUCCAAUUGGAUUGGUGAACAUGCUGAAUUGUGGGGGUGCAAUAGAAUCACUAGAAAUAGAUGAAAACGAAGGUUUGGUGAUAGCCGGAGUGAGGGGUUGCGGAGAGAUGAGAAUGUUCGCUUCGAAUGAGCCCAUAAACUGCAAGAUUGAGGGAGAAGAUGUGGAGUUUGAAUACGAUGAUGAUGAUAAAAUGGUAAAGAUCCAAAUCCCAUGGCCAAGCUCUUCGAAAUUGUCCAUAAUUGAGUAUCAAUUUUGAAGUUAAAAAAAACUCCGCUUUUCAAAGUUCCUAUGUAAAGGAGGAUGAUAAAUAUGUAAUGUAAUGUCUAAAUUAAGAAUUUAAGAAGUAUAUAUAAAUAUAAAUUUUCAUUGUAAGCAGGACUUUUGUUGGGAUGAGUUUCUCAAAGUUUUUGUUUGUUUGGAAGCGAAAUGUUAUUACAUUUCAAGGAUG